UCAGCAACAGAACAGAAUAUUCUCUCCACAAGACCUGAUCUAUUUAAACACAAACACAAACACAAAUACACUUGUGUUACGCUCGUGGUGGCUGUGUUUUUCACCUGUGAAGAAAGUACACCUGAAAGAUAUGCGCCAACAGAAGAAAUCAGGGUGUCCCAAAGGUCUCCACCCAUCCAUCCAUCCAUCCAUCCAUCCAUCUUCUAUACCACUUAUCCUUCCUUCAGGGUCACGGGGAACCUGGAGUCUAUCCCAGGGAGCAUCGGGCACAAAGCAGGAUUUAAACAUCACCCAGCACAGUGAAUGCAGGAAGGCAGUGGGGAGGAGAUGCAAAAAUGUACCCCACUCAAACUUGAGUGACCUGAACGUGCUGGACGAGAGCUCCAGCAGCUUCUUUGUGUCACCGAACCAACCCCAAGCAGAACUCUUACCAAAGACUCGCUAUUACCUGAGAAUCAAUCGAAGACUUGCCAACAGGGGCGAUCAGGCAAAAGCUGAGUCCUUGUCCCAGCAGCAGCCUGCAGACCCCAGAGCUCAGCAUCAAGGGUUUAAGGAGACAGACCAGCCCAAGUCAAAAAGUACUGGCCAAAAGAGGUCCAUUAACCAGACAAUUGCAAACACUCCUCAGCAGAAGAGACAAAGAACACAGGAAACUAAAAGGAAAGCAGGACCCUCCAGUUCAUCUAACAAACCUCCUCACUGUGCUUGCAAUGAACAUUUGAAGGUGUAUGAGUUGGGACAGCUGCUGGGCACAGGAUCAUUUGGCAGUGUGUUUGCUGGGAUACGCAAAAAAGAUGGAUUGCCAGUCGCAAUCAAGUACGUCUCCAAACAGAAAGUAGAUGAAAAACUCGAGAUUAACGGACAAGGCUGGCUGCCCAUAGAGAUUGCUUUGAUGAUCAUGGUAAACACAGAACCAUCCUGCUCAAACAUCCUGCAGAUGCUGGAGUGGUAUGAUGACCCAGAAUACUACGUCAUGAUCCUGGAACGGCCCAAGCCAUGCGAGGACCUGGCUAACUUUUGCCAAAAGCAUGACGGACCCUUGACUGAGAGUACGGCUCGUAUUGUAAUGUUUCAGCUGAUGAAGGCACUGAAGCAUUGUAAGAGCCGUGGAGUACUUCAUUGUGAUGUCAAGCCAGAAAACAUUCUGAUUCAGACAGACACACUGAAAGUCAAGCUGUUUGACUUCGGUUGUGGAGACGUCAUCAAAGAGUCUUACACGGACUUUGCAGGCACAAUUGAAUAUACCCCUCCUGAGUGGUUCAUACAGAAGCGGUUUCUGGCAGAUCCAACUACCGUCUGGUCUGUGGGCGUGACGCUGUACAGACUAGUGUGUGGCUCUCUGCCUUUCAAGAACAGGAAGGCAAUAAAAGAGGGCCAUCUGCGCUUCACCAAAAAUCUGUCUCAAGAAUGCAGCCAUCUGAUCCGUUGGUGUUUGCGUAAUAAAGCAGCAGCCCGCCCCAGCCUGGAGCAGCUAGAGCUUCACCACUGGUUUCACUUUCCAGGCAGUUCAAACUACUGGACACGAGACGGGGACGGCUGCACUGAAAUACAUCUGAAACCUUCAAAUACAUCUGACCCUUGAUAUUGUAUUAAAAUCCAAUCAUUUUCUAUUGUAUUUCAUAUUGUAUUAAAAUCAUCAGUUUCUUUUGCAAAAACAUUAUUCAUAUCAUGGUUAUUCAUUAAAGCAAUAAACCACAAGA